AUGUCUGCUUUUUCCCCAGUAGAGCUCCUUCCCAAUGAGCUCUGGGACCAGAUCAUAGGAUAUCUUGAAACAGAGCCACCGUCGGCAAGACGACUACAUCAUGCACCGAGUUUACAACUGACCGAGUCUCCAACAAAAGACCUCAAGCAUCUGUCCCAAUGUUCAUCAGGCUUCCUCCAGCUCGUACGACCUCUGCUCUUCACACAUGCUCGUUUGGAACUACAUGAUGAACCGGACUUCCACUCCUUCAUGACUAAAGCAGACCUCACGCGACAUGUUACCUCUAUCAUCAUAGCAGUUGGAGAAGACAGUCCGGAUCACCGAGCAGACCCAUUCUGGUGGCGUCAGGUUCUCUGCUAUCUGGAUCCUGCUCAUAUCAUGGUCUUAGCGCCGCCAACAUUCAUCGGUGAGACCAUAGGCAGCCCGAUCAUGGAUGGCCAUAGCUGGGCAUUCGAUAUCCCCCUCCAGAUCCUAGAUAUGAAACGACAAUGCAGAUUUGACAGCUCGCACAAGUUACCAGACUUGAAAUCGUGCACUAGUCUGCUACGAGCUCGUCCCUGGACCUCAAUCACCUUCAAUGAGUCAUCUUCUUUAAAAGCAUACAACCACUACGAAUACUUUCUCUCCUGUGUCCCAUCCAUCCUCAGAGAAUGGGGAAUAAUGCGCGGCGAAGGCCACAACAUGCCGCUUCAACGGCCAAAGGAUUUACCCCUGCUAUUACAUGGCCUAAGCACCUUCUCUUACACGGCCGUCUUCCCAUUCUACAACCACGUGCAAAUCGUACUCGAUGCCGUCUUGAGAAUGGGCUCUCUAAAGCGUCUUGAUGUACAACUGGCGCCUGAUCGAAAUAAUCAUGUCACCGAGAUUGAACAACGAGGCUCUAUGGAUGCCAAUGAUCCGUGGAUGGAGCUUGCGACUUCAUAUUCUUUGAUUGGGUUUACUGUCCGCCAAAUGGGGAACUUGAAGGAGUUCAGAUCGGGUGAUUUACAUGUGGAGGCUGUUCGGGAUGAUCUGCUUGCGAAUUUGAACGAUGUCAUUGGUGACGGGGGCUGGGUGCAUGAUGGCCGUGGAAUUUGGAAGCGUAACUAA